CAGCAAUACACAUAACUACUAGCUUAUUUAAUGGCAUGUCUUCAGUUGCACAUUCAACUUGAUCCACACGUAAAUUUCACUGUCCUGAACCAAAACAAAAGAAGGGUCAAGGCUAUUUUUUCUUCCAAAUGGAAGAACGCUAAUUUCUUAGGGAAGUUUCCAAAGAGAACGGUGAUUUUUCCAAGAUAAAGAAAGAUGUCAUCUGUUUUGAUUUAAAGCAUUGUAGGCUGUUGGUUCCACCCAAUGAUGAAAAUUUCCUAAAGUGACCAGAGAUUUGGGGACUUGCCCAAAGAGCAACAAGGGUCCUGCUCCCGCUGCCACAAUAAGAUGUGGGAUUUCCAUUGGAUCUGUGGUUGUUCUUGCACAAGAUCCUUGUCAUGAUAAGGAGUAGCAAAAAAGUUAAAAAGGCUGGAUUGCUUCAAGUACAAUGAAGAAGAGGCUAAUGAGAGAGGUAGUUCAGGGGAAAGUCUUUCUUGAAAUGUAUGUUUUUGUUACCUUGAUACUUUUACUGGCAUGGUUCUAAAGCUAUUAAGGGAUCAAAACCUUCUAGUUUUCUCAGAAGGAGAUGAGACAUUUGCAGCUCAGAUGAUCAAACCUCUCCUUUCUCCUCACCUUUAAAAGAAGGGGAGGAAAAGAGAGCGAAAGAAGGGGGGACGAAGACCUCAACACAGUUCCUCCCACCACCAUCCCUUUCCUUAUCAUUCUCCUCGCCGAUAAUUGAGCAGGACUAAUACCAAAGCCUGCCCAUCGGACGGCAAUUCUCAUGCUCGAAAUGGGGAGGCACUCCGGCUCCCACAAGCAAAAGCUAAGGAAAGGACUGUGGUCUCCCGAGGAAGACGAGAAGCUCCUCAAGUAUAUAACUAAAAACGGUCAUGGAUGCUGGAGUUCAGUCCCCAAACAGGCAGGCCUUCAGAGGUGUGGGAAGAGCUGCAGGCUAAGGUGGAUAAACUACCUGAGGCCUGAUCUCAAGAGGGGCACAUUCUCACAGCAGGAGGAGGACCUCAUAAUUGAACUGCAUGCAGUCCUAGGAAACAGGUGGUCACAAAUUGCAGCACAGCUGCCAGGGAGGACUGACAAUGAGAUCAAGAACCUAUGGAAUUCCUGCAUUAAGAAGAAGCUGUGGCAGAGAGGCAUCGACCCCAACACCCACAAGCAGCUUGCCGAGACCCAAGGGAAGAAUUCUGUACCCAAUGACCUCAGGCUCCUCACCACCACCACAACUUUAGGUAGUCCUGAUCCUAGCAUACCCAAGCCGGCUCAAUCUUUGAUGCCGGCAAUGGAUACGUUGGCGGCAGAGAGCUCAAACCCGAAGAAUUCAGCGACGGCCACCAUGGAAUUCUUUGAGGACCGGUUCGUCGCCAGCCAAGAGAGCUCAUCAAGCUGUCACCCAUCCGAUUCGCCUGGCUAUUUCCUCUGGUUUACUCAGAACAGUCGGCUGUUUGAUUUGAAUCCCGAAUUCAACUGCGACACGAUAUCCACUCUAGCCCCAUCUGCCUCGAGCUCAAUUCUCUCGACAUCGAUGGUUUUGAAGCCUGCGCUCGAUCCCCCACCGAGCUCUGCCGGCAUUACUGGCAUCUCCUACCGGGAAGCUGGUAAUUCUAGUAGCAGUAGUGGGAGCCGCGGGACCAGUAGUACGGUAAUUGAAUUGCAGAGCAGUAACUCCUACUUCGACAGUGCCAUCUUCCCAUGGCCAGACUUGACACCAGAUAAAGACCCUCAAAUCCAGCUCCCAGGGCAACCCGAGGAACUAAAAUGGUCCGAGUACAUCCAUGGCGCCUUCCCAGUAUCCGCAGAUAUCCAGAAUCAGAGCCAACCACUACACGGUGACAUCAAAACAGAAAGCCAUGGUUUGAAUAGUUGUUUCCAGAAUCAGCAAGCACAGCAGCAGCUGCAAGCAUCAGACAUCUUUGGCAAGGAUUUCCGGAGAGCAUCCGUUGCUUUCGAGCAGAUUUAGAUUGCGUAGCGUGAAUAAAGAGACCUACCAAAUCCAUCCUACGAACAGAAUUUUCGACUUCAUAAGGCUCGAGUUAUUAAAAGCUUCUUCUAAAUUUUUACAUGUGUGUUCGCCAUUGAUUUAUCUCUUUAAGCAGGUCUGAUGACACAGAAACUUCAGCAGCUCUUCGAAUUUGAAUAUUUGUGCAGACUGAUUGGGACUGAACUGCAGAAUAAAGCUCGUUUCAGUGUUUUUUUCUUUCCUUCUGUCCCUGUUUUCCUUUGCUUUGCAAAUCCACAUAUUGCAAACUUCUCUCUUAUAAACAAUCAAAGUCUCUACCUUUUGUU